AUGAGGUCUGGUCCGGUCUUGCGCCUGCUCCAGCAGCCUGCAGUCAAAGUGCUGCUGACAGCUGGGCUCGUCUAUCUUCUCAUAUUCGAGUACUGCUCCCUCCGCUUCUGGCGGGACCCGCACUCCGCCUUCUUCGACAUCCGCGACGUGUUCAAGUGGAAAUACAGCCUGGCGCGGGAACAGCAGGCGCUCAAUCUUACCUCCACUUACAAUGUACCCUUCGAUUCGGCACUCGAUGCCGUCAAGGGCCGGGAUCGUCCGUUGAUGUGCGCGGCGCUUGCGACAGUCAGGCGCGACAAUGCAGAUUACUUCGAGGCCUCAAUUGGGUCGCUGCUGAGCGAUCUGGACGCACGGGAACGACGUGCCUUGCAUUUGUCGAUUCUUUUCGCGAAUACAGAUCCGACGCAGCAUCCAAGCUGGGGUCAGAAGUGGGUGGAGCGGCUGAGUGACUCUGUGAGUUCGUAUAAUGUUUCCGACGCGGAAUUGGCGCAUCUGCGGGAGCUGGAGGAGAAGCGUGACUACUACGAGAAGGGGGUAUAUGACUAUGUCUACCUCCUGAACACCUGCCUGGAGACCGGCGCACCCUAUAUUUUCAUUCUGGAAGACGACGUGAUUUUGGCGGAUGGCUGGAUGAUCAAGACCCUGAAUGGGCUUACCGAACUCUCGCAAGGACAAGCCGACCGCAGCACAGCAUGGCUCUACCUCCGGCUUUUCUUUACCGAGACCUCGCUCUCCUGGCAAUCAACCGACUACUGGUACCGAAAUAUGCCCCUGGCCUUUUUCCUGGUGAUGGUAUUUGGACUCACGCUUCUUCUGGCCGUUCGUCGACGAUUGCCAGCUUCUAGACGCUGGCUUGACAAUUGGACCCUUGCAGCCGUGUGCUUCAUCAUAAUACCCACCUUCACAGCAUUGGUAUACAUGGUUGGAAAGUACUCGUUAUGCCCCUUGAAAGGCGUCAUUGAGAUGAACAUAUUUGGCUGCUGCACACAGGGCCUAGUUUACCCCCGCGAACAGGUCCCAGACUUGAUCGCCUUUCUUCAGGAUCGGAAGGCCGGUCAGACUGAUAGUUUGAUCGAAGAGUAUGCGAGUAACUCUCACUUGACGAGAUAUGCGUAUGCGCCCCAGCAGAUACAGCAUGUGGGAUUGAAGAGCAGUCGGGGUAAUCUUGGUAUUAACACGCAAAGUACCUGGGCUUUCUGGUUCGAGGAGAAUGAUCCCCAGGAGCUCAAGGCCGAGCACGAGAAGUUACUUGCCGCGCAUGAGACCUCGUGGAUGCUAGACUGA